GCGCACACGAACAAAGUUCCGCUGAUAGAAAGGUUCGCUUCUUAGGCAGAGAACGUCGUUGACAUCACUUCGACUAUUGGUAAGUUUUCAGUAGUCACAAGUCGAUGGUAAAAAUUAUUUCGCCUGGACCGGUGUAAACCAAAGACAAGAUGGCCGUUGCAGGGAUUGGCAUGAUGAUCAUCUCCAUAGCAACCAAGAUAUAUACCGACCCCCAUGGCCAAGGACUCACCAUCUACAGGCCUGACUGUCCUCCCGGGUAUUGCAUGCUUGGAGAUUACGCGCAGGAAGGGGACAUCAGCAAGCCCAAUCCCAGUGUCAUGGUGUGCAUCAAAAUAAAACACACAAAAUUCUUCGCCAAAGCCAAGGGCUUUGUCCAAGUAUGGAGUAGCGAAGGACCUGGUAGUGGACGCGGAUACAGUGGUGAUAGCGACGAUGAGGGGUCCAGCGAUGGAAAUAAUGGCUCGGGUUCUGGUCACAAUGGAGUGUUGGCAUUUUGGAAACCAAAAGUUCCAAAUCUGAACUAUGUUGCGCUGGGUCAUCUAGCGACAACGAGUUACGAUCCACCCUCAGUCGGAAACGUGUGCAUCGUACACAGGCUUAUGGUCGAUCAAGGAAUUCCGGGUCGUCGCGUAUGGAGAGAGGAGUCCGGUAUGGCCAGCUUGUGGUCUCUGGCUCCCAGUUAUUCAUAUAUAAACUUGGGCCUGUUCUUAAGCAGCGACUCCAAAUCUGCGCCUCACAUCUCAGAUUUCUGGUCCUUAAUACCCGAGGUUAUUCCAGCUCCUUUCAACGCUUCAUUGUCAAUUAAAAAGCUCAACAAAGACGAGCUCGCGCUCAUUUACAGAGGUCAAGAGUGUGAGGAGUCCAAGCGACUCAGCGUGUAUCUUCCCCAAGCUCCAAUCGGGUAUUCGCCUCUGGGACACUAUGCAGAGCGCGGCUACGGUCGAGCAGGUCAGGGAGCGAAAGUGCUUGUUGUCAAAGAGAAUGGAAACAAAGGUCUCCUAAUGCAUCCGAUCACUUACCAAGAACUCUGGAGGUCAGAUGCCAAGAAUAACAAUACUGAGGCAGCAGUAUGGCGACCAGUGCCACCUCCAGGAUACUUCUGCCUCGGUCACGUUUUGGGCCUCGGCUUGGAGGCGCCGCCCACUAACGCCAUUGUGUGCCUUCACUGGAGCGUUAUUGCAAGGGGUUGGCCUGAGCGAAGUAAGAAGGUGUGGUGGAACACGUGUUCGCAAAAGAAGGAAGCAACUAUCUGGCAAGUUCCUGGACUCGGCGACUGCCUCAGUGCUGACACGUUUGUGAUUCAUCGUGGCUUCAACAGUCCUCACUGGGAAGAACUCCUUUUCCACUGCUUCUAUCUGAAUAGAGUGUCGGUCAGAUAGGAGAGAAACGUGCGCAAAAGAACCUGUCCAAUUCUUUUCUGAUUUAGUUCUAUCGUUCCGCAAAGUUUUCGUUCCCACAUUUCACAUUUUCAGCCCCUAGUAAGAUGGCUGUCAAUCAUAUCUUACGGUUGACUAACUCUUUCAGGGAGCACGCAGGCAACAUUUACAGCAUUUGUCACGCAAAAAUAACGCAUACUGAAAGAAAAACUGUGCAACGAAUGAGAACAAAUUUCAGAAAGAAGAGCAGUUCUAAUAAUUUUUGAUUUAACAGUUUUUAUGACCUAGAAAAAAUCCAGUGGCUCGUAGGAAUUAAGUUAACAGUGGAGAAUAUAAAUUAGCUAAAUAUAUUUUGCAGUCUUAAUGACUUAGAGAGAAAUUCAUAGGCUCGUAGGAAUUAACCUAACAGAGGAGAAAUAAAUUAAAAAUAGAGAUUCUGACUCGACGUAUUCUCAAGAUUAUGUUCAAAGUUCGUAGAGUGCAAGAAUUCCCCUCGCUCAACACUAGCUCCUGCUGUCUCUAAUCAUAGGAGUUAAUGAGUGAACAUACAACUGGCAUGGUUCCCUUGCGGUUCAUAAACAAGAAAUACGAAGCAUCAAGUACAUUCUCUGACUCCCUUGAUUCCAUAGGUAAUUCUCUCAUUUAAUUGCUUACAUUACCUUAUAAAUUACACAGGAGAAUCUGGCGCUCUAUCAACCUUAAACUGAUAAGUUUGUCUGUUCUCAUCGCCUGUUUGCGAAUAAUAUAUUGGAGAAGUUACGUGUGAGUCACUUCUGCGAGGUUAAUGUUAUUCCUUAAAGAGGUCUUACAUGGAAAAGCCGGGACUGACCAUAAAUCUCAUCAUUGAAUUGUAAUUACUUCAACCUCGAAAUUUCUCUUCCUAUACCUUUCCUUAUAAGUAUCUGCAAAAUUUUUAGAAGGAACAAAUGACAGAAAAACACCGAUCUUUUACGCGAGGUUCGUAUUCACUCGAACUCUUGAAAUUCCAUGACUUGUCAUGACUUUUUUAACGAUUUUCUCCUUCGUUUUUCAUGGCAUAACAUAAGAGCGGACCCCUGAUGAAGGCACUAGACAGGAGUGUCGAAACGUUGGGUCUAUGAAUCGUACAGGGAUGUAGCUAAAGUUUUUAACAGGCGGGAAUCUUGCAAUGAUAGGCGGGUAUUUGGGCCGAAGGCUCACUCUAGCGUACCUUUGGCACGCUAUACCUAGAUUUGAAGGUGUAAACAAAUGAAAUAAAUAAAUAACAAUCUUCUGACAACAUUUAAAAACAUUUUGGAGAAAGAAGUAGUGCUUCACAGCCGGAAAAAUCGCGUUCACAGCCAGGUAAUUUUCCCGGCUUCCGGCUAUUAUCUACAUCCCUGAUCGUAACUUCUUUGGCUACAUUCGUUAAAUCUGUAAACCAGAGUAGCAUCAAAACAUGUCUGAUUGUCCACCUAGUUGCCAUGUGAACUUUAA